CAUCUGCUGUGAGAUCAUGACGGGCCCUGAGAGCUCCUCGAAGCGCUGUCAGGCAGACCUCAGGGUAUCUGGACAGUUGGUCAGGACGUGAGGCGCUUGGUUCUUGUGUCCCGGGGCAGGAAUGAGUCCUGGUUGUGCUCGUUUGAGGAACUUAAUAAAGGAAAUGGUUCCUGAGCCACAAAUCGCAGAGUUUUUAGUUCCUUUCUCCUUUUACAGGAGUGAAGGCAGGCAAAGGGCGAGACAGCUGUUUCCAGUCUGUAGGGAGAUGGUUUCCAUACAAAACUGUGCUUGUGACAAGCUGAGGAAGAGGAGGUGGCCAGAAAAAAAAUGAAUUUUAUGAAUCGGCGCCCUUUAUUUGCCUUAAGGGGAAGUCCUCUUCCACUUGAGGCUUGGCUGGGGGGGUUACAGAAGGACAAACGGGACCUGAACUGCUCAGCAAAUUGUUUGUGGGGUGUGAAUAAGUGUGUAACGCGGAGCAGGCAAUGGUUUCAGGGCAUGUGUCUGUGUGAGGGUGCUGGAGGGGAGCUCCUGCUUCUCAGGAGAGUCUGUAGCCCCCAGGAUGGAUUCAGAAUCAUUGGCACUGACUGUCCCUCUCCCCCUUCUAUCCUGAGCAAACACGUGGAGAGUGAAGCCUUGUGCUCUGGUACCCGCUCGGUUUCACCGCGCUCUGAGUAGGUUUAUACAACAUUACACCCUCCGGAGGUGAAACUGUUGCUGCUGGACUCGGGAGGUGAAUUGUAGAAGUGAGAAACUCGUGGAGGGAUUACACCGCAACUGCAGCGACCCAGAGCUUCUCUCCCAGUCAUUAUCCUUAUUUAUUUGUUCGGGCUAAUGGGAUCUCUCCUGGUAUGUGUCUCUCUCUUUCUGGCCAGCUCAGCAUUGCUCUUAUUUGUAGUCAGGGCUGUUAAUCCUCAGCAGUGCCCUAAUUCUGCUGAAAGGGAGGGUGCAGCCGUUGAACUCGGGCAGCCGUACAAGCUCCCGGCUUGCUGGGAAGAAAGCGUCCUUUUAUCACAGGCCAGCUUGCUGGGUGCGAGCGUCUGAUGCUUUCGUCUCCGGGAGGUUGCCACAGCGAGUGGCUUCAAGGGAACGGAUGCCCUUCGCUAAGGAACGGGGCGAGUUAUUUCCAUGCGAUGCUAUUCCAGGCGCCUGGGACUCUGACCUGACUCUUCCCGGGGAUUUAUGUGCUCGGUCACAGCAGCAGGGCUCUGAAAGAGCCUCCGUGGUGCCUCGAGAGGAGCCGUGGAGCCUGUGCUGGUGAGGGGCGAGCUGCCUGCCUUUGGGAAGCCAGCUCCUUGGUGACUUGGCCUGGGGCCCGAUCGCUCGAUUUCUCAGUGGGUUUUUGUGUGGCAAAAGGCUUUGCCUUCCCAGAGAGGAGGUGUCUGUCUCGGUCCGUGCUGUGCAAGGGGAGCUGAGGGCCUUCACCUCUGGUUUUAUGUGAGCAUUGCCUGCAUCUCAAUUACCUGGAGGACUUUUCCCCCGACCUUAAGCUGUAGAAAGAUGUGACGAGCGUCCCUUGCAUUGGGCAGCAAUGCAUAAGCCUCCUGCACCGUCCCUGCUAGCCGACAAUUUCAAAACCAAACAAACCCCUUAUUUUCCCACUGCAGACGUGCCUUUUGCCUGGGGCUCCUGCAGCCACGUGCUGGCAGCGGAUGAUGCUUGAAGCAAGGUCAAGUUCACUCUCCCUGUGGUUGGGUGCUGGCCCCGUUGCCCUCAGCCAGCCUGUGCUGAUGCCUCUUUCCUCCGAUGCUGCUGAGCCCUUGCUGGGCCGCAGAGCACGGUGUUUGCUGCCAUCAAAACGAAACCCACGGCUGGUUUUCCCCACCCAUGUAGUCCCUCGUCCUGCCCUGGAUCCCCCGCAGCUCCCCGGGCAGGGGUGUGAGGUUGUUAAACAGCUGCUCUGCCUGUGCCAGAUCUUCUCUUCGCCGAGCUGGAGCCCAGCGCUCUGCCGCAGUCCUGGGACACGGUUCUUGCCCGGUCCCUGUAAGCAGCAAAAAGCCACUCGCUGUGCUUACACAACACUUAACUGGCUGGUACGAUCUGUUAUAAGCCAUCCAGGGCUUUGUAUCUUCAUCCUGCUCCUCGUCCUCUGCCAGCAUUUCCCAUCGCUCCUGCCAUCCGAACAUCUCUAAAUGCCACAGCACUGGCUUCCCGUCGGCUCGCCCGCGCUGGGGCUGUCUUUUGGAGACGCCUUGAGUAAACCCCUAGCAUCUGUAUUCCUCAGACGGCCGUAAUUCCCCGUUUGAAGUCAGGACGUUGUCAGCAGCGGUAAUAAAGUGCAUUCGAGCUCAGACAAGUUCUCCCUGGCACCUUAUCUAGGCAAAUAUUAUCAAGCUAUUGAGCCAUACAGCGACUGCUGGAUGGGGGUGACUGGGGAAUUUGCCAAAGGAAGUGUUGAGGGUGAAAUGUCUUUCUAGUCCAGAACAAAAGAUUUAGCAAAUUGUGAGGAUUUAGGAGUCUUUUUCCCUGGCUUUGCUGUCUUAAACCUUUAAAAACAAACUGUUGUAACUGCCCCUGUGGCAAAAGCAGCCUCAGCCUCGGUGUUAUCGCUCUGCGGCAUUCUGGGCAGAAGUGCUGAGUGUCAGAGUUGCCAAACUCCCGAGGAGAGUGUUGAGAGAGGAAGGCAGCGAGGCCGCAGGGGUGGUGAAUCGUCCUCAUCCUCACAGCUGCCCCUCGGGGCCGGGGGGCCCCUGCCUCAUCCCACGCUCCCACCGUGCCAUCGGAGGAGCCGCGGCCGCUCGCCCUGUGCCCCCCCGCCCACCUGUGCCUGCCGAGGCCCUCGAGUCCCCUGCUCCUCCACCGUAACUUGGCCCUUGCCUCUCCCCGGCGCACAGAUCCCGUUUAUUUAACCGCCGUCGGCUCGGUGGCCCUGGCUCCCGUGGGCACCUCCUCUCCUUCAUGUGCCGCCUGCUGCCACGCUCGCCGACAGCUUUUCUCAGCCCCCCGAGGUCCCGCUGCCAUUCAGCACCAGCAGCUUUUUUUAUUCCCCGAAAUGACCUUUUAAUUACAUAACGACUUACAAACACUCGGCACCCGACAACAUACCAAAAUAAUUGAAACAAUGUUUUUCCAGCCUUCAAAAACACCAUUCUGUACCAAAACUCGGUCCUUUUUGAUUCCCCAAGUUAGAAAAACAUCUCGGGGAGAUGGCGUGAGCUGGGCACGUGAGCCCGCUGGGCACGUGAGCCCGCCGGGCACUCGCCUCCGCGUUGCAGUGGGGGGCUCAGCAGGGCUGUGAUGGUCUCUGUCAGCCCCGGGGGGGGCUGUAGCUGCGGGUCAGGGCUGUGCUGGGGUGCAGGCAGAUGAGCGAGGGCUGCGGCCGAUCAAGAGGCAGCAUGGCUGCGACUGCUGCCGUCAGCCCCAGUGAAUACCUGCAGCCGGCCGCCUCCACUGCCCAGGACUCGCAGCCGUCUCCUCUGGCCCUUCUCGCAGCCACAUGUAGCAAAAUCGGUCCCCCUGCCGUGGAAGCCGCCGUGACUCCUCCUGCCCCUCCUCAGCCAACGCCUCGCAAACUCGUCCCCAUCAAACCUGCUCCGCUCCCUCUGGGCUCCGGUAAGAACAGCUUUGGGAUCCUGUCGUCGAAAGGGAACCUCUUCCAGAUCCAGGGCUCUCAGGUCGGCACCUCCUACCCCGGGGGACAACUGGUUUUUGCCAUUCAGAACCCAACUGUCAUCAACAAGGGGACCCGCUCGUCCGCCAACAUCCAGUACCAGGCGGUGCCCCAGAUCCAGGCUGCGGGGGGACAAACCAUCCAGGUCCAGCCCAACCUCACCAACCAGAUCCAGAUUAUUCCAGGCACGAAUCAAGCCAUCAUCACCCCUUCCUCUUCCUCUCACAAGCCUGUGCCCAUCAAACCGGCUCCGGCGCAGAAGGGUGGAGCUUCGCCGGUGCAGGGCACGAGCAACGUGGUCAAAUUAGCCGGUGGCAGCAACGUGACUCUGACCCUGCCCGUCAAUAACCUGGUGAACGCAGCUGAGCCGGCCACGCAGGCUCAGAUCCUCGCAGAGAGCCCCUCAAAGCCCAGCAAAAAGACUCGAAAGAAAACCAUGUCACCCGCCCAGCCCGCCGCCGUGGCCGUGGCCGAGCAGGUGGAGACGGUGUUGAUAGAGACCACGGCGGAGAACAUCAUCCAGGCGGGCAACAACCUGCUCAUCGUGCAGAGCCCCGGCUCCGGGCAGCCGGCCGUGGUGCAGCAGGUGCAGGUGGUGCAGCCCAAGCAGGAGUCGCAGGUGGUGCAGAUCCCGCAGCAGGCCCUGCGCGUGGUCCAGGCCGCCUCCGCCACGCUCCCCACCGUCCCCCAAAAAUCCUCCCAGAACUUCCAGAUCCAGACGACGGAACCCGCUCCUACCCAGGUCUACUUCAAAACGCCGUCGGGUGAGCUGCAGACAGUGCUGCUCCAGGAAGCCCCAGCCAUGACGGUGGCUCCAUCUGGGACCUCUUGCAGCAGCCCCGUGUCCCGUAACUCCGGCACGGGAAGCAGCACCAGCACCACCACCACCAGCAGCAGCAGCAAGAAACCAGCCACGCGUAAGGAACGUCCCCUGCCAAAGAUCGCUCCCGCCGGAGGCAUCAUCAGCCUGAACGCGGCUCAGCUGGCGGCCGCGGCGCAGGCCAUGCAGACCAUCAACAUCAACGGCGUGCAAGUCCAGGGCGUGCCCGUCACCAUCACCAACACCGGAGGGCAGCAGCAGCUGACGGUGCAGAACGUAUCUGGCAACAACCUGACCAUCAGCGGCCUAAGCCCAACCCAGAUCCAACUCCAGAUGGAACAAGCUCUGUCCGGAGAGAUUCAACCCGGGGAGAAGAGGCGGCGGAUGGCCUGUACCUGCCCCAACUGCAAGGACGGGGAGAAGAGGCCGGGCGACCCAGGGAAGAAGAAGCACAUCUGUCACAUCCCCGAGUGUGGCAGGACCUUCCGUAAGACCUCGCUGCUGCGCGCCCACGUGCGCUUGCACACGGGCGAGCGCCCUUUCGUCUGCAACUGGGUCUUCUGCGGGAAGCGUUUCACACGCAGCGACGAGCUGCAGCGGCACGCUCGCACGCACACAGGUCUGCGGGGCGCGGCGGGGCUCCUUCCCUCUUCCCCCCUGGGAGAGUCCCCAAAUCCCCCCUGCAGGGUCCUGAGCCUUGUGAGAGAACCAAGGGGAUGUGCUGAGCCCAGGAGCGGGGUGAUUUGGGGCCAGUGCAAGUUGUCCUUGGGGUUUAACUGAGUUACUGGGAGGGACUGGAG